GACUCGUCUGAAUACUAAUUUCAUAUUUAGAGAAAGAAGGGUAUAAUAGUAAGAAUAUCAUGAAUGUAGAUAAAAUAAAAAAUAAAAAAAAGGAAACGAAAUAGCUGGAGCCUGACUAGUACUAGUAUCGCUCCACGAGCCGUACGCUGCCCAACUGCCUUUUUUCAGAUUACUCUUUUUUUUUUCUUUUUCCUCCACACUCUCUCGCCAUCUCCGGCGCCGGUGCUCUGCUCCGAUCACCUCCGCCUCAUUCAAUCUCUCUUCAUACGCUGAGCGGAAAGUCAGUCUCUGGAGAAUGGGACAUUGAAGAAUAAUAAGAAGAAAUAGAGAGUUGAGGGAGAGAGAGAGAGAGAAUGGCUCCUGUGAGUAAAGCCGAUAAGAAAACAGCAGCAGAUGCUGGGGCUUGGAUGUUCAAUGUCGUCACUUCUGUUGGUAUCAUCAUUGUCAAUAAAGCUUUAAUGGCCACUUACGGUUAUAGCUUUGCUACAACCUUAACCGGUUUACAUUUUGCUUUCACAACUCUCAUGACCAUUGUUCUAAGAUGUCUUGGUUACAUUCAGCCUUCUCAUCUUCCCUUUACCGAGCUUCUCAGAUUUAUUUUCUUUGCCAACUUCUCCAUCGUUGGAAUGAACGUCAGUCUUAUGUGGAACUCUGUUGGUUUUUAUCAGAUUGCAAAGCUCAGCAUGAUUCCUGUAUCCUGUUUGUUGGAGAUGGUGUUAGAUAAGAUCCGUUACUCCAGAGACACCAAGCUUAGCAUAGGACUGGUUCUUGCUGGUGUUGGUGUAUGCACUGUCACUGAUGUUAGUGUCAAUAGCAAAGGCUUUCUAGCCGCUUUUGUUGCCGUCUGGAGUACUUCUCUGCAACAAUAUUAUGUACAUUACCUUCAGCGCAAGUACUCCCUUAGCUCAUUCAACCUAUUGGGACAUACCGCUCCAGCCCAAGCCGCAACAUUGCUGGUUGUUGGUCCAUUUCUUGAUUAUUGGCUCACAGAAAAAAGAGUUGACAUGUACGACUACAACUUGGUCUCCGUGCUGUUUAUAACCCUCUCGUGCACAAUAGCAAUCGGGACCAACCUAAGCCAGUUCAUCUGCAUCGGGAGAUUCACAGCGGUGUCAUUUCAAGUCCUGGGACACAUGAAGACAAUCCUGGUGCUGGUGAUGGGAUUUUUCUUCUUUGGUAGAGAAGGUCUGAACUUGCAUGUGGUUAUUGGAAUGGUUAUUGCAGUACUUGGUAUGAUCUGGUACGGUAAUGCCUCUUCCAAGCCAGGAGGCAAAGAACGAAGAAGCUAUUCUCUUCCAACUACUCGUCAACAGAAGCUUGGAGCUGCUUCGGAUUCUGAUGACAACGAAGACAAAGCCUAGUAGUAGUAUUAAGUAGUAAAUGAUCAGGAACAUCACAUAGCUACCACAUCUCUGUUUUGAUUUAUGGUCUUGGCUUAAUUUAUGAUCCUCCCAGACGUUUGAGAUUGUUUUGUAAUGUUUUUUUCUCGGAAUCAUUGUUUACAAUUGUAUUAACCCAUAGCUUCUCAUAA